UAUUGUUGUUAUUCUCGUUGAUGUCAACAUAUGGGUCACCAGCAGCAACAGUGUGUUUGUUGUUGUAUUUUCAUUCUCAUUUUUGUUGUGAUUGUGUUGCUGAUACAUAUUUCGCAUGUAUUUAACGAAAUGUUGUUGACACUCACAGUCGUGUAGACAAACGCCUGUUGGACGUGAGUGUGUAUGAUAAAUUUAUUUAGUUUGGACGGCAACGUCCUAACGAGUAGAUCGUGGCGCUCGCAAAAACGCUAAAACUGCGGAAAAAAAUCGAAACACGGGGUAAUGUGUUAAUUUCUUUUUGUAUUAUAAAGGGAAAUAAAGAAAAUAAUAAAGAAUUAAAUGUGUUUGAGUGAAUGUAAAUGUAAGAAAGAGUGAAAAAAAUUUUAAAGGCAUCAGAAAAACUAAUAUCAAAAUUUAAAAAAAAAUCUUAAAAAUUAAAACAAAAAAACAACAACAACAUCAUAAAAAGUGACAAACAUCUUAGAGCAGUAGCUGAGUGUGUGUGUAUGUAUGCGGCUGAAAUAGUAUUCGCAGUCAACAGUUUUUGGCCAAAUUUUUAAUGUUGUCAUAACCUCUAAUUAACAGUUGGCAAACCUACUUUAACCUACCGCAGCACCCAGAGAAAAACAACAACUAUAAUAAAAACAAACGCAUAAGCACACUUAAUAAUAAACAAAACAAAUCCCUUUCCCCCCACCUUCCCUCAUAAAACAAUAACAACAAACACAACAUGUAACCCAUACGGCAUAAAGCAAAAACAAAUUGUAAACAAAACAAAUAAAAAAAAUCCCCCAAAAAACAAGUUCAAACUCAUCCUUUCCUUUAUCUCUCCCUCUUACACUCCUAACUAAUUGUAACUCUUUUGAGUUCACAAUUCUACCCAUAAACACAAUACACACUAAAACAAAAUGGUGAAAUAUCAUGUUGAAAUAGUUAAAACUGAGAAUGGCAAGGGAAAACCAACAGCCGGUCUAACAACGGCCUUGGUAGCGGAAAACGGAAAUGAUAAUGCGGAUGCUAAUGGUCGAGAAAAUGGCACAACGGCGGAGGACAUUCACUUAGAUGACUUGUAUACGAGAUAUCGACAACGUUUGCGUAAAUCAUUGUUCCGCUCUGGUCUACUAAUAUCUCUGGCAGCAUGUGUAGUUUCCAUUAUUAUAGGUGUCAUUUACCAACAGCAAUUAUUACAAACACUAUUACUAGCAUUGGCUACAUUAAUAUCAGCUAGUAUACUCACAGCCCUACAGUUUCCAGCUGUAUUGAAUUCACCGGUGGCUGCUUUGGCAUUUGCCAUUGUAACAACAUUUUCAUUGGGAACGAUAGCAGCAAUUACGGGUGAAGAAUUGGCGCCAUUACCAUUAUUUGCUGUAUUCCUGGGUAUUCACACAAUGUUGCCCAUAUCAUGGCCAGUGUCAGUGGUUUUAGCUCUAUUCAUGACAGCCAUACAUAUUGUCUAUCGUAUAGGCGAAAGUCCUGACUAUGCACCUAAUUUACCUGUGCUAUUUGGCGAAAUUAUAAUGUUGGCUAGUGCAUCCGUAUCCGGUUUAUAUUAUCGCAUAAUGUCAGAUGCUGCCCACACUCGUACGGUAGAUGGUACACGCACUGGCAUCGAGCAACGUGUAAAAUUGGAAUGUGAACGUGAACAACAGGAACAAUUAUUGCUAAGUGUAAUACCGGCUUACAUUGCAGCUGAGGUUAAACGUAGCAUAAUGUUAAAAAUGGCUGAUGCUUGCCAACGGGCUGGUGGUCAAACAAAUUCAUCGGCCACACGUUUCCAUGAAUUGCAUGUCCAAAGGCAUAACAAUGUUUCUAUUUUAUAUGCAGAUAUUGUCAAUUUUACUCCGUUGUCUGAGCAACUGACCGCCAGCGAUUUGGUUAAGACUUUGAAUGACCUUUUUGGGCGUUUUGAUCAAAUUGCACAGGAAAAUCAUUGUUUGCGUAUUAAAAUUCUGGGUGACUGUUAUUACUGUGUAUCUGGACUGCCAAUCUCUAGGCCACAGCACGCCUCAAAUUGUGUCAAUAUGGGUUUACAAAUGAUUGAUGCCAUCAAACAUGUACGUGAGGCGACCGGCAUAAAUGUCGAUAUGCGUAUUGGCAUCCAUACUGGCAAUGUUCUGUGCGGUGUUUUGGGUUUACGUAAGUGGCAAUUUGAUGUCUGGAGUGAUGAUGUGACUUUGGCAAAUCAUAUGGAGAGUGGAGGUGUUGCUGGACGAGUACACAUCACCAAACAAACGCUACAAUUCCUAAAUGAUAAAUUCGAAGUGGAGGAAGGAAAUGGAGGCAGUCGUGAUACUUAUUUGGCAGAUCAUAAAAUAGAAACGUAUUUAAUUGUACCACCAAAGAAACCCACCUACAUCACCCACAUAGUGCCACGUAUCACAGAAAUUAACUCAUCACAGGACAAUGUAAACAUGCAUCUCGAUACAUCCAAUGCCAGCAAUCACCAUCACAGCUUUAGCAAUAAUGUGGAAGCCGAAGCAACCGAGAAACUUUUACCAGUGACAGUAGUAAAUUUCAAAACUAUAGAAACAACAGAAUCCUCCGGCAACCUUAAAAUCUCGCCCACGGCUGCAGCUACAAAUAGUCCAGAACAUAAAUUGGGACAAUUAUCAUCGAGAACAUCAAUGUCCAUUAAAGAGGAAGAGGAUGAAGAUACGGUUGAAUUAAGAAAUCCCCAACAAAUGCAACAGGAUGGUUCACUAACUCCUACUAAUUCAGGCACCCAACUGUUGUUGCAGCAAAAACGUUUAAGUGAUGGCAGUGAUGCAGCAAAUGCAAUCACCAAUAAUACUCAUGCUUCACUAACACCAAAGUCAUCAUUAACUUUACCCCAUAAUGAUGAUGCUCUUAGUGCUAGUGGUAGUGAGGAGGGGGCAAUUUCAAAUAGUGGUUCUAAUAAUGCAGCUAGUGCUAAUGCACUUGUUGAAAAUCCUAUAGGAAAUUGUGAAUCAUCACAAUCAUUGCAACAGGCUGCAGUGGCAACAACAACAACUACAGCUAAUGGUGUAGUACCUUUAAAUGCAACAACAAAUGUUUCUUCAACAUCAGCGGUAGCAACGACAACAACAACAACAUCUACUCCAGCUAAUAAUGGCAAUAAUUUAUUGCCUGAGAUACCAGAGGCUAAAAGUCGUAGGAAAUUAUCUGUACAAGGGUUAAUAUCAUUUGCCGAUAGAAGACGUUCUUCGGGUGCCUUUAUGGAACGUAAAAUGUCCAUACACACCAAUGAAAGUUUUCGCAGUCAUGGCGGUCAUGUAACACGCAAUCGUCCUUCAUCGAAAAUGACCAAAUACGUUGAAUGCUGGGGUGCAGAUCGACCAUUUGCCAAUAUAGCUGAAUCGAAAUUGGUGAAAAAUAUUGGUUUGGCUAGUAUAGCCAUGAUUGAAUCAAACUUACUGCCACCGGAGCGUAAAUGUUUUAAUUUCAAUUGUUUUGGACCGCCCACCGAAUUGAAGCCACUAACCAUGUGGUAUCGUAAUACACCGCGUGAGGUGAUGUAUCGUGCCCGGCCCGAUACACACUUUCGUUAUGAUUUAAUCUGUGCUUUUUUGCUGUUUAUAUCGAUAGCUCUGGUUCAAUUAAUAGUAAUGGAAGUGAACUUUGCUUUAUUGGGUUCCUUGGCCGCCACCUUUAUAUCCUUGGGUAUGUUUUUGUAUUUAAGCAACAUGCAUGUACCCGAUAUUGAAUCCUCUACAGCGGAUAGAAAUGGCCCUGGUCAAGUGGUGGCUAGCAGCCGUUAUUUGCGCUUGGCUAUAUUUAUUAUAGCAAAUAUUUUAAUCUCGGCCUGUGCUGUGUUCAGUGUGAUAAACUUUACCACCGAUCCUGAGUUUAUUUCCUCGAAUCUUACUUCUUUAACUAAUUCCUCCAAUGAUUCUUCUAUACCCGAUAUUGUUCCUUCCAUGAUUUUAUAUCCCGAUUUAAAUAUAGCUCCUAUGUUCCUGUUCUGCUGUGCCAUUAGUUUAGCUGCCAUUUCGGCUUUCUUAAGAUCGGGUUUUAUUCUAAAACUUUUCACCAUGUUUGUGGCUUUAGUGUGUCAAAUAAUUAUAUUGCAUUACAAUGAUUUGUAUGAGAGAUAUAAUUUAGAACUGAGAGAGGACUGUUUACCCAUCGAGGUCAAAGGUUUUCUUUUGCUGUUAUUGGUGAUAGCGGUGUUGCAUACCCUGGAUCGCCAGGGUGAAUAUGUGGCGAGAACUGAUUUCUUGUGGAAGGCUAAAUUGAAAGUUGAACAGGAGGAAGUGGAGACCAUGCGGGGAAUUAAUAAAAUUCUCUUAGAAAACAUUUUACCUGCUCACGUGGCCACACAUUUCCUACACCAAGAACGCUCUACGGAAUUGUAUCAUGAAAGUUAUUCCUGUGUAGCUGUAAUGUUUGCCUCUAUACCCAAUUAUAAAGAAUUUUAUGAUGAGACGGAUGUGAAUAAACAAGGUUUAGAAUGUUUAAGAUUACUCAAUGAAAUUAUAUGCGAUUUUGAUAAGUUACUUUUAAAACCCAAAUUCAGUGGCAUCGAAAAAAUCAAAACUAUAGCUAGCACAUAUAUGUGUGCUUCAGGAUUAAGACCCGGCAAAGAAGAGGGAGCUACGCUUAUGCGUAAUUUUGCGGAUGAAAAGAGAACCGAAGAACAUAAUGUUGUAAUUUUAGUAGAAUUUGCCAUUGCAUUGAUGUCAAUUUUAGAUUCAAUUAAUCGUGAAUCAUUUCAAAGAUUUCGUUUACGUAUUGGUCUUAAUCAUGGCCCUGUCAUAGCUGGUGUUAUUGGUGCACAAAAGCCUCAAUAUGAUAUUUGGAGUAAUACAGUAAAUGUAGCCUCACGCAUGGAUUCUUGUGGUGUUAUGGGUAGAUUACAGACUACUGAGAAUACAGCACAAAUUUUAAUGGCCGCUGGCUAUGAGUGUGAAUGUCGUGGUUUGACUUAUGUUAAAGGCAAAGGAAAUCUAGUCACUUAUUUUGUAAAGACACCAUUUGAUGGAAAAUUAUAAUAAUUUUUAAGCUUAAAGUUAUAA